GCGACAAUCUACUGUCGCUUCCACCCCUCUGGGUCGCAUCGGCGUGUGUAAACAUAUGACGAUGUCUCUCACAGAUCUCGUCCGAGUUGUGUCGCCCGACGUUGACGACGAAGAACCCGAGGACAUCUUCUCCUUCGCUGCCGGCCUCAUCUUCCCCGACGACCUGCGAAACUUCCACGGCGACGACCGCAGUCUGCUCGUCUAUAAGAGCGCCCGCUUUGGCGAUGUCGAACUUCGCACUGCAGAUCCUCGGCAAGAAGAUCAUCGCCGACUCUUCGCGCAAUAUCUGUGGAAUGCGGGAUUAAAAAUGGCCGAGAUGAUCAGCCACGAGUCUGACGAACGCUGGCGUGUACAAGAUAAACGAGUCCUCGAACUCGGAGCAGGUGUUGGAUUAGGCGGCAUUGUAGCCUGUCUCGCAGGAGCAAGUGAUACCGUGAUAUCUGACUAUCCAGCGGACGUGUUACUGGACAACAUCCGAAGAAAUGUCAAGCACGCGGUUCCCGAGUCUUUAGCAGGUCAAUGUGCUGUGCAGGGCUACGCUUGGGGCGAUGUGGAGUCGGACUUCGCGAAGCAGAAUGCGCAUUCCUUUGGUCGAAUCAUUGCGGCAGAUUGCUAUUGGAUGCCGCAUCAGCAUGAGAACCUGGUCAAAAGCAUGCUACACAUGUUGAGCCUUGACCCGGCAGCGAGAGUGCUUGCCAUUGCAGGGUUCCAUACUGGACGCGCGAAGCUGGCUGGAUUCUUCGAGGAGGCUGUUGCACGAGGCCUCGAUAUCGAGGAUAUAUAUGAGGAAGACGCGAAGGGCGUGAGAAGGGAGUGGUCACCGGAGCGGGAUGGUGGUAGGGAAGACCAUACAGAGCGCAAGCGAUGGCUGGUCAUUGCUGUGCUCAAGAGGGGGCAGCAAUGAGAGAUCAAUGUUUGGCGAAACAUGCAAGACUCCCAAGAGGCCAAAGGUCCGACAUGCUGCAUCGAGGCAGCACGCAGGACGAAGAAAGUUAUGUGCCUGAAUAUCGCGUUGAGCCCGUACAUCCACAUGUAUCAAGGCAUACCCCCUAGCUUCAUCUUCAAUCGGAAGUACUUUGCAGACUGCACAUGAUCAAUCCAGCG